GAAACGACUCUCCUUAAUUGGGGUAGCCAAAAUUUGGUUGUCGGCGGGGACUUCAAUUUGGUAGUCGCCCCAUCCAUGGACAGAUCCGGGCUUUGUUGGUCUCUCCAUGGAUGGGUCGGCGAUCCCCUGGCCUUGGCAGGUACUAUUUUAUUCUGUGUUUUAGUUUAUUGUUUUUGGUUCCUGUGUUCCCCGAUGGGGUGAACGCAUCAGAAUGUUAUACUGUUUAUGUUUUUGUUUUGUCUUUAUAUCAGAUUUACAAUUGAUGUUUUUCUAGACGUAUACAAAUCUGUCGUUUAUAAUUAUGCUGCUUUAUAUUAGAAAAUGGAAAAUGGGAGGUUCUGCUCUAGGCCCCUCCGCCCUUUUGAUUAGUUAAUAUGUGAUUUACCAUGACUCUGUACAAUGGUCGGGUUCUAUGCUUUUUCCUGCUGCUAAUUGUUGUUUCUUGUUAACCUCAAUAAAAUAUAUAUUGGGAAAAAAAAGAAAAAAGUGGAAAAAAAAAGGAAAAAAUAAAUAAAUUGAAAAACUGAUGUCGACUUUUUUAUGUCGACCUAAUGAUCAUGUCGACCUAGUGACCAUGUCGACCUAAUGCAUGUCGACCAGUAGUGGUCGACCUAAUGACGUAUCCCGCAGCAAGGGCUACACAUGUGGAGGGAACGAGAGAGACGGUGGGAGACGGAGGGAGCGCGACAGUGAGAGACAGAGUGAGGGAUACAGUGGGGGAGAGAAAAAGGCGUGGGAGACAUAGGGAGAAAGGGAGAGACAGUUGGAGAUGAAGGGCCUGAGAGAGAGACAGUGGGAGGAGGCAGAGGUAGUGAGACGGAGGAGUGAGAUACAGUGGGAGACGGAAGGAAUGAGAGAGAGACGGUGGGAGAUAAAACAGGAAAAAAAAGCCUUUCCUUUACCUGUGUGCUCUUUAAAAGGCCAGCACAUUAUGUAAAUUGUCAGAAUAUUUGGCACGCUUAAUGAUGACAUCUGCCAAAGUGUACAGAGGAAAUAUUAAUUGGCCAACACAUAUAUCUGUAGAUGGCAGUGGUGGUUGGUCAGUGUGUAUGAACAACCACCAUCUGCAGAUGUAUCUUUAGGUGAGUACCCAGAUUUAGUGUGUCCUGAGGACUGGGAAUACAUGCACUGUUAGUGUGUUCUAAGGACUGGGAAUACGUGCACUGUUAGUGUUAGUGUGUCUUGCAGACUGGGAAUACGUGAACCGUUAGUGUGUUCUCACUGUUCUGAGGACUGGGAAUACGUGCACUGUUAGUGUGGUCUGAGGACUGGGAAUACGUGCACUGUUAGUGUGGUCUGAGGACUGGGAAUACGUGCACUGUUAGUGUGUUCUGAGGACUGGCAAUACGUGCACUGUUAGUGUGGUCUGAGGACUGGGAAUACGUGCACUGUUAGUGUGGUCUGAGGACUGGGAAUACAUGCACUGUUAGUGUGUUCUAAGGACUGGGAAUACGUGCACUGUUAGUGUGUCUUGCAGACUGGGAAUACGUGAACCGUUAGUGUGUUCUCACUGUUCUGAGGACUGGGAAUACGUGCACUGUUAGUGUGGUCUGAGGACUGGGAAUACGUGCACUGUUAGUGUGGUCUGAGGACUGGGAAUACGUGCACUGUUAGUGUGGUCUGAGGACUGGCAAUACGUGCACUGUUAGUGUGGUCUGAGGACUGGGAAUACGUGCACCGUUAGGAGAGAGAAUUGACUAACAUAGGAGAGGAAUGGGUUAAACAUCCUGUGAGGGGUGGACCUAGCUGUGAGGUAGUACAGCCUUAGGAAAGGGGGAGGGUUAAGGUAUAUAUAGGCUGGAGUGGCCAUUUUAGGUCUCUUUGCUUGCUGAAUUUUCUGGGUGAGUUCUGCCUGGCAGAUUUUUCACCCUUAUAAGUUUAUUCACUUGUUAAAGUUUACCUAAUUAUAGUAUGGCCUCCAGCCGCCCACGCCGAUCCGCGGGUGCACCAGCCCGGUACCAGUCCGGCGAGGCCGGUCCCGGGGCAGGGAUGUCCGGCGCUGAGGAGGCCGUUACUGCCCCUGGGGCUUCUCAAGCGGGGGUUCCGGGGCGCAGGACGCGCUCCUCCGGCGACCCUGUGGUCGCGGGUGCAUCGGCUGGCGAGCGCGGUCGGCGGCCUGUGGCGGUUCGGAGGACUGACCUCCCGGAGAGAGGCGACCAACAGCCCUCGCCUCCGGGGUCGGUCAGGGGUGACGGGACUGCAGGAACCCGCGGGCGCACGCUGGUGCGCCUCGCCGGGCGCCGCUCGGCACCCGCCGCAACGACACCCGCUCACUCCCGCUUGCCGGGGCCGCUUGGAGGCCCCACGCGGGGGGGGAGAGCUGGGCAGGUGUCAGAGGCGAUCCGGCCCGGGCCCGUCGCUGGGCCCAGCGUGGGAUCGUCGAGCGCACAGGCUGUUACAUCAGCGGGGGGCGCCCGGACAGGAAGCACGGGUGCGCGCAGCGACGCCGCAGCGCUCCGUGUCCCCUCAGCCCUCCUCGCUGCGGAUAGUUUCCGGCGGGGCGAGGGCGGGGAGGAGGCCUGGUGGAGAUCAACCAGGUAUUUGGGGGAAUCUGCCCAGCGGUGCUGAAGGCACAGCACCGCGGGCAUCAACAGUCACACCGAGCGGGGGCUACCGGGCUGAGCGAGCUGGCUCAGUCAGGCGGCAGGCUAGCCCCAGUGUAAGGACAGUGCGAGAGGCGGGCAGCACUCCCAGGGGACCUGGGCGAGUCGGCACAGGAAUUAUGGAGGGGUGGAUUUCCGGGGUGAGGCGCCCUGGCAUUGCGGACCUUUCCCCACAGGGCCGACCGGGCCGCGGUGCGGAUGGGUCAUGGCUUCCUAUGCCCAGCGGCGGGUCCACUCGGCGCGUUCCUCCCUCACGUCAGCCAGCAGACGACGUUCCAACGUCACGGGGUCACAAUGAAACGCAAGGCGCGUUCGCGUCGGCCCUCGCCACGGUGGUGGCGGCGUUGGGUCCGCUCGCAGUGGCCCCGGAGCUCGAUGGUGGGUCCGGGGGGAUGCCGAGCGGAUCGGGCGCCGGUGCAGUUUCAGCCGCUCAGAGGGUAGCACGUGCAUGCCGCGAGCUUGGUGCGGCCGCGGCUCAGCUGCAGCAGCAGCCGCGGCGAGACGAGAAUGUGCAUUCACCUGGCACGCCCACGCCUAGACGGGCUAGGCGCACGCCUGUGUUUGUGUCUGGGUCCUCUCCCCCUUUUCUGCCCGCAGUUGUUCAAGCGGAUACGGAGGAACCGGAAUCGGAAGCUGAGGACGUUGCGUACGUCGCGCCUGAUGAAUCUGGAUCCGACCAAUCUACGGCUUCAGGUGAGGCGGAGCAGUCGGGGUCGGUUUCAAGUACUCCCUCGAGUUCGCGCAGCUCGUCCCCUUCAUCCUCUUCUUCCUCUUCUUCCUCCUCCUCCCUUUCUUCGGCAGCGUCCGACGUCAGUAGCACGACGAAGGCGAAGAAAAGGGCGACUAAAUACGCCAGGAAGGCGGCUGGGCAGCAGGAGAGGCGCAAGAGGCGAAGGCGGCUUAGCAAAGAAUCUCGCAAGGCCAGGAAGCGACGCGACUUGCCAGGCGUGGUCCGCUGCGAAUAUACGGCUGUCAUGCGGGGGCUUAGGGAUAGCUGCAGCAAAAGGAUUCGCAGGGGGGACUACGUAGAUGUCUUCGUCUUGACUAAAGACUCUAAAAAAGAGUUCAAGGCAGCAACCGCUAAGAAGGGCAUAGGGGCCGAGGCGUUCCGCACGUUUGAUAACUGGCUGGCGGGGUUUUGGGUUUUCGCGGCUUGUUACCUUGAAGACAGGCCAGACGAACAUAUCAAUGUCAUUCGGUACCUGCAUCUCGUGCACGAUAUGCAACGCACGUCGGCGGGUAACGAAUGGCGUAGGUAUGAUGAGGAAUUCAGAGAGAAGCAGGACGGGUUGUACGUUAUGGACUUCGGUUUCAAGGACGUGGAGGUAUGGCUUAAGGUCACCAGGGCCUCGCAGCAGGCCAAGGAGCCCCGGAACGCAGGGGCGGACGGACACCGUGCUGGGCCGUCCGCCCAUGCGCCCGGCGCGGACGGCGGGUCGGCCAAGCCGGGUAGGUCGGCCGUCCGGGCUGGGAAACAGCCCGCAACGAAAGGAUUGUUUCGCGUUUAACAACGCUGCAUGUUCCUACGGCAAGCAGUGUCGGUUCCGUCACGCUUGCCUCCAUUGCGGGGGUUCCCACCCUGCCUCCUCCUGCUUCAAGAAUACUCGGCAGGGUCCCCGUUCUAAGCAAUCCUACUCGAGAGGGGCACCCGGCGGGGGCGCUCCACAGGGCGCCAACGCCAAUUAGGUUAAAGGCUAUGCGUAAAUGGUUGGGUUGGUAUCCGAAUAAGGAGGAUGCCAGGUUUUUAUACGAAGGUUUUAGUUUUGGUUUCCGCUUGCCUGUUGCGAGCGAUGUUACAGUUCGGGCACAGAGGAACCUCCAGUCUGCUCGGGCCUUGCCUUUAGUGUUGCGGGAAAAAGUCGAUAAGGAGGUCAGGCUGGGCAGGAUGGAGGGGCCGUUUGCAACACCCCCAGUGGCGGAUCUCGUCAUCCCCCCGGUGGGGGUGGUACCCAAGAAAACACCCGGGUCCUUCCGACUGAUCCAACACCUUUCCUACCCAGCGGGGUCCUCGUCAACGACGCUAUACCUCCGGGUCAUUGCUCGGUAGUGUAUCAGUCGUUUGACGAGGCGCUUAAUUUGGUCCGCAGCUACGGCGCUGGGGCCCUCAUGGCAAAGAUUGACGUCGAAUCCGCUUUUAGGUUGCUACCCCUCCAUCCGGACUCAUUCCGUUUUAUGGGUUUCCGGAUUGGAUCGGAAUAUUUCAUUGACAAAUGUUUGCCGAUGGGGUGUUCCGUUUCAUGCUCGUAUUUUGAACGUUUUAGCACCUUCCUGCAUUGGUGCGUGGAAUCUUCGUCGGGUGGGCACGGGUUGCCCAUUACCUCGAUGAUUUCCUUUGUACGGGGCCGGCGGGUUCGCCGCGGUGCGGCAACCUGCUUUUCAGUAUACGAGCAUUGUUUUGUCAUUUCGGAGUGCCAGUGGCCGAGGACAAAACGGAGGGACCGAUCUCUUGCCUGUCAUUUCUGGGAAUCGAGAUCGACACAGUGUCAGGCGAGUGUCGCCUUCCUUUGGACAAAGUGGCUAAGCUUCGCGAAGCCAUUAGCCAAUUCAUGGGUUCGCGUAAGGUUAAGCUGCGGCAGGCGCAAUCCUUGCUGGGCAUGUUUAACUUUGCUUGUCGGGUCAUCCCGAUGGGCAGGGUUUUCUGCCGAAAGCUAGAAAGAGCGACCGCGGGGUGUGCCAGGCCGCACCACUUUGUACGCUUGCCCGCUGAGAUAAAAAGAGAUCUGGCAGUUUGGGCCUCGUUCCUGGAGGAUUUCAACGGUGUGCGAAUAUGGCAGGCACCAACGGUCGACAGCGCCAGAUUGCAGCUUUUCACCGACGCGGCAGGAGCCUCCGGUUUUGGUUGCUAUCUUGAGGGAUCUUGGUGCGCGGCAUCGUGGCCAGCAGACUGGCACCAGGCGGGUUUCACUAAGGACCUUCUGCUCCUGGAACUCUUUCCCAUCAUGGUUGCGCUGGAAAUCUGGGGCGAGCGGUUAGCGCAUCGCAGCAUCCUGUUCAGAUGCGACAAUCUGGGCGUGGUGCACGCGAUUAACAACCAGAGGGCAAAAUCGCUGGUAGUGCUUCGGGUGCUAGGGCAGUUGCUGCUUACUUGCCUGCGCAGGAAUGUGUGGUUUCGGGCACAACACGUACCGGGUCUAGAAAAUGGGGUCGCUGACGCGCUAUCGCGAGGGCAAUAGGAGAGGUUUUACGGGUUGGCUCCCGAGGCCGAGGAACAAGGUUUUCAUUGUCCCGGUUAUGUCUGGCAGGUCAUCAAGCCGGACUGGAAGGUCUAGCACUGCGUUCGGUCGCGCCAUCCACGCUUAAGGCUUACAAGCAGGCCUGGAGCGAAUGGGAGGAAUUUGCUAGAGGACGGAAGCAACGAGGUAAGAGCGGGCAUCGGAUGAUGCUUUCUUUUAUUUGGCAGCUUUAUGUUUCAGGUAGGUCUAGAGCGGUGGUGUCCCGGUACUUGGCUGGCAUUGCGUUCUUCUGCAGAAUUAAAGGGGUUCCCGAUUUGACGAAAAGUGGUAUUCUGCUUAAGGCUAUGAAAGGAUGGGCGCGCGUAGCACCUACGCCGCCUGACAGAAGGCGGCCCAUUGAUGCGGCGUUGCUGCCAGGCAUCAUUGGGUCGGUUGGAGCCAUCGCAUCAUCUAUGUUCGAAUCGCUGCUUUUUAGAUUGGCGUUCUCUAUGGCUUACCACGGCGCCUUUAGGAUAUCGGAGUUGGUAGCGCCUUCUAAGCAAACUGAUUCGCGCAUGCUGGUAGAGGACGUAGUGGUGAGUGGGAGGUCCUUGCUGUGCAGAUUGCGACGCUCUAAGACCAGGUGGGGAAGGGCCGAUGGGUCACCCUGGUUCCGGCACUUGAGGAGAGCAUAUGCCCAGUACGGUUGGCAGUACAAUAUGAGGCAGUGAGGCCCGACUGUCGGGGGUCGUGGUUGCAGCACUAUGACGGGCGGCCAGUAACUAAGUUCCAAUUUCGGUGGAUGAUGGGUCGCUGUCUGACGAGCUUGGGCCUUUCCCCCUCCCACUUCGGUACACACUCCUUCCGCAUUGGGGCUGCUACGGCGGCAGCGGCCGCGGGUUUUUCGGGAGCCCAGAUCCAGGCGGUGGGACGAUGGAAGUCGUCCUGUUAUAAGCGGUACAUUCGCCCCGUCGCCUGAGAUACUUUGCUUAAGCGUAGCUUGCAUCAAGAAGUUAGAGUAAGAUAAUGUUUGCUUGGUGUUUAUGCAUAUGUUAUGUUCACUGUGUGUUGGUUCGUUUACCCGUGUGUGAUCCUACUCAGGGAUUAGCCACUUGCCGCUGCGGGCGUGAGCCGGCAGCGGGGGUCUGGAGUUAUUUUGCGAUUUUUGCCUGACUUGACGGACUGAAUUCUAAUCAUUAAUUCGGCUAAUCUGUUCUUAUCAAAGUCCCUCAGCAGGUUUUUAUGCUUUCACCUCCAGCUGAGUUAUUUCAUGUUUUACCCUCUUUUUUAUACCCCCCCCCCCUGUUUAAUUUCGUUUUGUUUCUUUUGCCUUUCCCUUAAUGUCUUAAUGCUUUUACUUCAAAUUGGCUAGGAGCUCGGGAGAUCGGCUAGGCCGUGACUGCUGCGACAUUAGGAAGCAAUAAAAAAUUUUUUCUUUUGGCAGAUCCUUCAGGUUAACAUAAUACAUGCUAUGGCGUAGAAUUAUAGUAACACAUUUUACCCCUUUUUCCUUCCAUUCAGGUUGUUUCGCUGAUGGCUUGUCCGUUUGGGUGGUUGGCCACUCGUAUGUCUUCUGGGCAGCAAGGUUUUUGGCCUCUGAUACUUCUCAGAGGUUUCCUAGAGGUCACGGAAUCAGAUGGCUUGGUUGGCGAGGUAUGAUGUGGACAGAUCUAUUGAGUAGACUGGUCAGUCAGGCCAGGAAGCAUGGAGUUCCCAAGGUUUUGGUUGUCCACUUAGGUGGCAACGACCUAGGGAAGAGGACUUCCUUGGAGCUACGGUGGGCCAUGAUACAAGAUCUGGCAAGGGUGGCCGCAGCAUGGACCAAUUGUAUAUUGGUAUUUUCCCUGAUGGUGCCAAGGUUGAGUUGGCGAGGUGUGGAGGACGGACGCGUAAUAGAUGAGGCCAGGAUAAAGGUGAAUGGGGCGGUGGCGAAGUGGGUCUUGGCCCACGGAGGUAAAGUCGUUCGCCACCCUAGGAUUCGGUUCCGAGACAAACACCUUUUUCGGCCUGAUGGUGUACAUCUAUCCAAUGAGGGGAUGAUGUUUUUCCUGGAGGAUCUGUUCCUAGUGUUGCAGGAGUUAGGGUAGUUUAUGGUGGCGGUGCAAGGACUCUGGGAUGGAGUCCUUCGCUGUUGGCGGAAAAGAACGGCAGUUUGUAGUUGUAUGGUUUUUUAUAGGUAGUAAGUUUCAGUGUUAUAUGGUUUAGGUGCACUCACCUCCAUCGACUUAAUGGCCGCUCGACCACCCAUCCGGGAGGCAGCGGCAGGGCACCCAGGAGCGGUGGGAAGUCACUGUGGGGGUUGUGUUGACACCUAUUACCGGUUUUGAUAGGGUGCUGGACGGUUUCGGUCAGUUUACCAAUUUAAGUUUACCAAUAGUUUAAUAGAGCCGUUCUUUUUUCUGCCACCAUUAUGCCGGCUGAUUCGGCAUCUUAACAAACUUUUCCCAAUUACAGGUUUUGCUAUGGUUAGGGUCAAAUAAAAAGCUAGCAAUUUUUCUGCCAAAAUCAUGUCUCCGUGUCUUUAUUUACUGGUAUAAAAGGUAACUAAGGUUUACUUCAAUAAAGGGGGUCCACCAAAUAUCACUAGGAUGUUUAGGAGAGAGAAUUGACUAACAUAGGAGAGGAAUGGGUUAAACAUCCUGUGAGGGGUGGACCUAGCUGUGAGGUAGUACAGCCUUAGGAAAGGGGGAGGGUUAAGGUAUAUAUAGGCUGGAGUGGCCAUUUUAGGUCUCUUUGCUUGCUGAAUUUUCUUCCCGCCCUCCCGCCCUAAGGGUAGAGGUUGUUUUGUUUGACGCGGAGUGCAUUGGCGUUUAAUUGCUUAGCUGUUUUCAUUCGUUGGCUAUUUAUAGGCGAAAAAGAACGGCAGUUUGUAGUUGUAUGGUUUUUUAUAGGUAGUAAGUUUCAGUGUUAUAUGGUUUAGGUGCACUCACCUCCAUCGACUUAAUGGCCGCUCGACCACCCAUCCGGGAGGCAGCGGCAGGGCACCCAGGAGCGGUGGGAAGUCACUGUGGGGGUUGUGUUGACACCUAUUACCGGUUUUGAUAGGGUGCUGGACGGUUUCGGUCAGUUUACCAAUUUAAGUUUACCAAUAGUUUAAUAGAGCCGUUCUUUUUUCUGCCACCAUUAUGCCGGCUGAUUCGGCAUCUUAACAAACUUUUCCCAAUUACAGGUUUUGCUAUGGUUAGGGUCAAAUAAAUAGCUAGCAAUUUUUCUGCCAAAA